GAGAACCCAAUUGGUUAGUGCAGAGCCCUCUCUCGGCAGUCGGGUCCUCGUGUCAGUGCACAGUCUGUGUGUGGUACAGCGCGCGGCGGAGGAACCGGGUAUACCCAACAGCAAGCUAGUGGUAUAUUUCACAACGGCCAACAUUAAAAAAAAACACACAAAAAACCCGGUUACUUGCUAACAAAUAAUCUUUGGACUUACUCGAAGAUUCGCGUACUACAGUUGGAUGUAAUAUAGGCUUUCUUUGAAGUUGCCUGCCGUCAACAACUCAAUCGAGGGGUUUCCAACGUCCGACCGGACGGAGAGAGUCUCUCCGCCUCGGGAUCACCGGGGUUUUAAAGGACUCUCAAGGGGCAAAGAAGAAGUGUAUGAAACAUAGAAACGGCGACGGACGUUUUCCGCCCUUAUCAUUCCGUGGUGACGGUCACAAGUCAAGGAUAUUAAGCUUUUUGUCUGGAUACUACUUUUUUUUUUUUACCUGUGCAGAAGAGAGGGGAAGAAUCAGUCCAGACAAAGGUACAAAGGAAAGGCCGACGGGGUGAUACAUCCAGUGGUCGGGGUCUGAGUGUGCGCCUCGCAGCCGAGAACAGGGCUUUGUCCGCCGCCAUCCUGCGUAUACCGGGGAGGGGGUGGCGGUGAUUUACCGCACCUUCACUGGGAUAACUGAAAGAGAGAAAACACACCGAAUUCCCUUGUGUAAAGGACGCGACAUGUAUCCACAAGGCCGGCAUCCGGCACCUCACCAACCAGGGCAGCCUGGCUUCAAGUUCACUGUGGCAGAGUCCUGCGACAGGAUCAAAGACGAAUUUCAGUUCCUGCAGGCCCAGUACCACAGUCUUAAAGUGGAGUACGACAAACUGGCCAACGAAAAGACAGAGAUGCAGCGUCAUUACGUCAUGUACUAUGAAAUGUCCUAUGGGCUUAACAUUGAGAUGCACAAACAGACUGAGAUUGCCAAACGUCUCAAUGCAAUUCUGGCUCAGAUCAUGCCGUUCUUGUCACAAGAGCAUCAACAGCAGGUGGCUCAGGCUGUUGAGCGUGCCAAGCAGGUGACGAUGACUGAGCUGAAUGCUAUCAUCGGGGUACGUGGACUUCCCAAUCUGCCUCUAACUCAGCAGCAGCUUCAGGCUCAGCACCUCUCUCACGCGGCCCACGGCCCCCCAGUCCAGCUGCCCCCACACCCCUCAGGCCUGCAGCCGCCCGGUAUCCCCCCUGUGACGGGCGCUGGCUCUGGCCUGCUGGCUCUGGGCGCUCUUGGCAGCCAGGCUCACCUGCCUGUAAAGGAUGAGAAGAACCACCACGACCUGGAGCACAGAGGCCCCUCAUCUUUUCACUCACCUCUGGCCAUUCCUCUGAAAGAGCGCGAGUCGAGCACGAAUAACUCAGUGUCGCCAUCAGACAGCCUGCGGGCAGCAAGCGAGAAGCACCGCAGCUCCUCAGAUUACGGUCUCGACUCCAAGAAACGCAAAGUGGAGGACAAAGACAGCAUGAGCAGAUAUGACAGUGAUGGAGACAAAAGCGACGACUUGGUGGUGGAUGUUUCCAAUGAGGAUCCAGCAACCCCUCGAGUCAGCCCCGCUCACUCUCCUCCAGAAAACGGCCUGGAUAAAUCACGAGUCCUGAAGAAGGAUGCUGCCCCCAACAGCCCCGCCUCUGUCGCCUCGUCGGGCAGCACGCCGUCCUCCAAAGCAAAGGACCACGCCCAUAAUGACAAGUCGUCCACACCGAGCCUGAAGUCCAACACACCAACACCAAGAAAUGAGGCCCCAACACCAGGAACCAGCACCACUCCAGGACUGCGGCCUCUUACAAUGGGCAAACCACCCGGCAUGGAGGCUUUAGCCGCCCCUGCCCUGCGUACACCUCUAUCCAUUGCGGGUUCCUAUGCCAGCCCGUUUGCUAUGAUGGGUCAUCAUGAGAUGAACGGAUCCCUGACCAGCCCAGGCGUCUAUCCGGGUCUCAUUUCACCACAGAUGAGUGCUGCAGCCGCUGCCGCCUAUGGACGCUCACCCAUUGCAGGGUUUGACCCUCAUCCUCACAUGAGAGCUCCAGGCCUUCCAGCCAGCCUCACAUCCAUUUCUGGAGGAAAACCAGCUUAUUCUUUUCAUGUGAGUGCAGAUGGUCAGAUGCAGCCCGUGCCCUUCCCUCCAGAUGCACUGAUAGGACCGGGCAUCCCACGCCAUGCUCGCCAGAUCAACACACUGAGCCACGGGGAGGUGGUGUGUGCUGUCACCAUCAGCAACCCCACACGUCACGUCUACACCGGCGGCAAGGGUUGUGUCAAGAUCUGGGACAUCAGCCAACCAGGCAGCAAGAGUCCAGUGUCCCAACUCGACUGCCUGAACAGGGACAAUUACAUCCGCUCCUGCAAGCUGUUGCCUGACGGCCGCACCCUGAUAGUGGGUGGCGAGGCCAGCACGCUGACCAUCUGGGACCUGGCCUCGCAGACUCCCCGCAUAAAGGCCGAGCUCACUUCCUCUGCUCCAGCCUGCUACGCACUGGCCAUAAGCCCCGAUGCCAAGGUCUGCUUCUCCUGCUGCUCAGAUGGAAACAUCGCCGUGUGGGACCUCCAUAACCAGACCCUCGUUAGGCAGUUCCAGGGCCACACAGAUGGAGCCAGCUGCAUCGACAUCUCCCACGACGGGACCAAACUGUGGACCGGAGGGCUCGACAACACGGUCCGCUCCUGGGAUUUGAGGGAGGGACGGCAGCUCCAGCAACACGACUUUACCUCACAGAUCUUCUCGCUGGGCUACUGUCCCACUGGAGAAUGGCUGGCUGUGGGCAUGGAGAGCAGCAACGUGGAGGUGCUUCACCACACCAAGCCUGACAAGUACCAGCUGCACCUGCACGAGAGCUGUGUCCUCUCACUCAAGUUUGCCUACUGUGGUAAAUGGUUUGUGAGCACAGGGAAGGACAAUCUGCUGAAUGCAUGGAGGACUCCUUAUGGUGCCAGCAUAUUCCAGUCGAAGGAGUCGUCCUCCGUCCUGAGCUGUGACAUCUCAGCAGAUGACAAAUACAUCGUGACAGGAUCCGGUGACAAGAAGGCCACCGUCUACGAGGUCAUCUACUAGCGACAAAGGAGGUUCCUGCUCUGCUUCAGCACUUCUAAUGAGAUGACUUACUUUCCUUCGACCAUCCAUCUGUGGACUACAACGCGCUGAGACUUGGCAAACUUAACUGGAGCUGUUAGCCUAAGGAUGCUUGUGCUGGAAAGUAGUUGACCUUUUCUGUCCUUUUUGUUUUGGAGGGUUUAUUUUUGGGUUACACUUUUUUUUUUCUGAUUUUCCUUGAGAAUAUUUGGGUGUAACCCGAUGAAGCCGCGCUUCAUUUCUGAGAACCUCGUUUCCCCAGACGUCUUGUGAAAAGUGUACAUAUCGGAUUAAAUAAAAGACAUUUUAUAUAUAUUAUAAAAAUAUAUAUAUUUUCAUGUCCUGGGUGUACUUGUGAUGAUUUUUUUUGCCCACUCUGUCUUAUGCCAUGAUAUUUGAGUGGGAGAGCAGAACAUAUAGAUUAGAACUUUUUAACAAUUUUACUCUUUGAUUUUCUUAAAGCACAUUCUCCAGGCUGACCUUUUCAGAAAUCAAACAGAGGAGCAUGAAACUUGCAAUUAGGACGUUUUGUGGAGACUUUAAAAUGGCCUUUUCUCACAGUGCUCUUACCGGAUGAUGAAAACGUGGAGUCCUCUGACUCAGGCAGAGCCUCUGCUGGUUUGGACCACUGUGCGACCGAGCGGGACGCUAUGAUUCAGGAAAAGAAAUGGAUGUAAAUUUAAUUCAUAUAUAGAAAAAGACAUUUUUAAAGUGUACAUCGCUGUCUGUGCUAUCUUUCUCCCCUUUUUGUUUUACCUUUGUUAGAUUACGGGACAUAGGGAAUGUUUAAUGUUUAGCCUAACCCUUGGACCUCCGUUGGCAACAGACACAAACUGGAUGACAAUGUGCUUUUUGCUAACUUGACGUAAGAUGGAUGUUGAAUUGCACCAUUGAUUUCUUGGCUACAGACUAAACUCAAACAGUCCAAUCUGUGCUAUUGGACUUGUUCUGCCCUUUGUAUCUUAUCAAUAUUCCUGGAAUGUGUGUGGUCGGCCGUGAUGGGGAGGCAGAGAGAGACAUGUAAAUGCUCUUGGGGAAGGAAGGAAUGGCAACAGAAGUACACAAAUUAGAAAAUAUAGUAUCUCCAAUGUUGACGUUAAGACAACAGUGAAUAAUUUUGGUUUGUACACUGUGCUCCUGAUCCUGUCAGCAUUUCCCAAAAUAAAAUAAAAUAAAAAGGGGCGAAAUGCGCCAGUCCCUCUGAAUCACACCAAAGUAUGUAGCAAAUGCUGUCAGCACUGAAAAGAAAUGUACAGUUGUUAAUAAAUCAAUAAAACAGUUUUUGUAGAAUG